GCCGCCGCCGCCCCGCCGCCGCCGGCUCCCGCCGCCCGGGCCCGGCCGGCCGCGCCGGGGGCCGCCGCGCUCGCCCCGCCGUCCCGCCGCCGGCCGCGGGGGCCGCCGACAUGGACACCAAACAUUUCCUGCCGCUCGACUUCUCCACCCAGGUGAACUCCUCGUCCCUCAGCUCGCCGACGGGCCGAGGCUCCAUGGCUGCCCCCUCGCUGCACCCCUCCCUGGGCCCGGGCAUUGGUUCCUCUCUUGGCUCCCCGGGACAGCUGCACUCGCCCAUCAGCACCCUGAGCUCCCCCAUCAACGGCAUGGGCCCGCCCUUCUCCGUCAUCAGCUCCCCCAUGGGCCCCCACUCCAUGUCAGUGCCCACCACGCCUGCCCUGGGCUUCGGCACAGGCAGCCCCCAGCUCAGCUCACCCAUGAACCCCGUCAGCAGCAGCGAGGACAUCAAGCCUCCCCUCGGCCUCAAUGGUGUCCUCAAAGUUCCGGCCCACCCCUCAGGGAACAUGGCGUCCUUCACCAAGCACAUCUGUGCCAUCUGUGGGGACCGCUCCUCAGGCAAGCACUACGGGGUCUACAGCUGUGAGGGCUGCAAAGGCUUCUUCAAGCGGACGGUGCGCAAGGACCUGACCUACACCUGCCGGGACAACAAGGACUGCCUGAUCGACAAGCGGCAGCGGAACCGCUGUCAGUACUGCCGCUACCAGAAGUGCCUGGCCAUGGGCAUGAAGCGGGAAGCCGUGCAGGAGGAGAGGCAGCGGGGCAAGGACAGGAGCGAGAGCGAGGUGGAGUCCACGAGCAGCGCCAACGAGGACAUGCCGGUGGAGAAGAUUCUGGAGGCGGAGCUGGCUGUCGAGCCCAAGACCGAGACGUAUGUGGACGCAAACAUGGGGCUGAACCCCAACUCGCCCAACGACCCCGUCACCAACAUCUGUCAGGCCGCGGACAAGCAGCUCUUCACGCUGGUCGAGUGGGCCAAGCGGGUCCCGCACUUCUCUGAGCUGCCCUUGGACGACCAGGUCAUCCUGCUGAGGGCAGGCUGGAAUGAGCUGCUCAUCGCCUCCUUCUCCCACCGGUCCAUCACCGUGAAGGACGGGAUCCUCCUGGCCACCGGGCUGCACGUCCACCGGAACAGCGCCCACAGCGCAGGCGUGGGCGCCAUCUUUGACAGGGUGUUGACGGAGCUCGUGUCCAAGAUGCGGGACAUGCAGAUGGACAAGACGGAGCUCGGCUGCCUGCGUGCCAUCGUCCUCUUCAACCCCGACUCCAAGGGGCUCUCGAACCCGGCAGAGGUGGAGGCGCUGCGAGAGAAGGUGUAUGCGUCCCUGGAGGCCUACUGCAAGCACAAGUACCCAGAGCAGCCGGGAAGGUUCGCCAAGCUGCUGCUGCGCCUGCCGGCCCUGCGCUCGAUCGGCCUCAAGUGCCUGGAACAUCUCUUCUUCUUCAAGCUCAUCGGGGACACGCCCAUCGACACCUUCCUCAUGGAGAUGCUGGAAGCCCCCCACCAAAUGACUUAGGCCCGCCAGCCCAUCCUUCGCGCCCGCCCCCGGCCUGGCCGCUCCCGCCCGGCCGCCUGCUGCUCUUCUCAGCCGAGCCGCGUCCCCUGCCCCUUCCCUGCCUGGCCUCUGCGGACAGGGGGACGCGGCCUGCUAAGCCUCCGUGUUGCCACCUCGCCGUUCCCAGCGCUGCUCGUGCGGGAAGCCGGGUCCCAGCUUUCCCGGGGUAGCGGGGCCAGCUCUCCGGACCGCAGGCCCACCCCUGGGUGCCCCCUGCCGGUGUGCCCCACCCAGGCUCAGGAGCAGGGGGACAAAGACUCCACCUGCCCCCCAGCAAGGCGAGGGGGGCUCUGGGGUGAGCCAGCUUCCCUCACCGUGAAGGGUGAGCGGCCCCUUUUCCAAAGAUGACUUGCCGUGUCACCCCCAAGCUGAGCAGGACAGGAGCUGCUCCAGCAGGGUUCCAGGGCCCUCUCAAGGCUUCAGGGCUUGGGGUCACCCGCCUCCUCGCCGACCUUUCUCUUCAAGUCCCCGCUUCAGCUUCUCCCCCUGCAUUGCCGUACGCAAGCCGGGGCGAGUAGACCCCGUGUGCAGCCCGGCCUCAGUUCUGUCCAUGGGUUUAGUCUGGGCAGAGGGGCAGGCCAGCCCCCGUCUCUGCAGGAUGAGCCCGCUUCCCGGCCUUCCCCAAGUCCGGGGCCAUGCUGACCUGUCGAGGGCAGAGGUUGGAGGCAGGAGGGUGCUUUGUCCAGGGGGGUCUUCAGGCAGUUGGAGGGAGCCAGGGGCCCCCCGGGGCACGUGGAGCCAGAAGGCCUCGUGGGCAGAUAAGCCCAGUGGGAAGGGGCAGGCAGGCUUCCUCUGGAGCUAUUGGCGGAGGGGCCCCCGACGCCGGCGGCCUGUUCUGUGCAGACGAGUCCUGGACUCGGGGACUGUGGCCUGCCUGCGUCCUGGGGCAUGCAGCUGGAUGCCCCUCGGGGACAGCCAGCCCAGCUGUUGUCGGAGUGACCGCCUCAGGCGGGGCUCCAGCACGUGCUCCGGCUGACGGCACCCCCAGCCAGGCUGGUGCCUGCUUUUGUAGUGUUUCCCCGGCCGGGGCAGGGGUGCGGCCUCCUGGGGUGGGGCGCUCUGCGCUCCAUGCCAGGCAGGGCUCUCUCAGGUUGAACUGGCUUCUUUUGCACUGUAACGCCCUCCCUUUGGUCUGAGUGCUUCCCGGUCUUGCGCUUCAGACUCCACGAACCCAGCGUCUGUCGCUGCUGGGGGCCCGAGCAGAGGUGGCAGGGGGCAGGGGAGGUGGGCAGCUCUGGUGUCCUCAGCCCCUGAGGGGUUGCUCUGUAGCCAGGCUUCCCUCCUGGGGCCCCCAUGAGCAGCCCUGGGUUGGGGGUGCCUUCCCUAGAGUCUGGUUUCCCAGCUAGGGCAAGGCAGGGUGGGGCCUCCAGGCCCCGUGGGGCAGGAGGUAGCCCUGCUUUGCCUUCCAGAGGUCUCAGCCCACCUGACGGUGAGGCGCCGGGCCAGGGCUCUGAAAGCCUGCCCGGAAGCCACCUUCCUCUGCCACCGGCGGCUCCUGAGGAGGGGAGGG